UCUUCGUACAUUUGAGUACAAAAUAAGCACCCGAACAGUUAACUUGUGUAUAUAUUGUAAAUAAAAUAUAUUUCUUCAAUUACAGAAAAUUUUCAAAAAUUAUUAUUGUCAUUUUAUGAAAAAGAAAAUUUUAUUUAAAAUUAAAUAUUUUGUGCAAAAUUGAAAAAAAAAAAAAAAAAAAUUAAAAUGGAAAUUGAAAAAGUGAAUAUUAAAAAAUUAACUGGAAAUUUAAAUUACGAUAUGUGGAAAUUUAGAGUUUUACUUGUAAUUGAAGCUAAGGGAUUGAGAAAAUUUAUCGAUGGAACAGCCGUUGAACCUGUACAAUCAAAAACACCAGGCGAAUGGCAAUUGUGGAAUAAAAAAAAAUUCGAAACAAUAAUGUUACUACUUAAUGCAGUUGAUGAUUCAAUGCUUCCAUUUUUGGCACAUCAUCAAGAUCCAAAAGAUAUUUGGAUACGAUUAGAAGCACUUUAUGGACAAAAUAUUAUAAAUCAAUUGACUAAUAUAGCGAAUGGAAAAUUUUUAACACAACAAGAAAAAGAAGAUAAUGAAAAAGAAGGGGACAAUAUUUAUUCGAAGAAAAUCGCUAAUAUAUGGAAUGGAGCAUGUAUUAAAGAAAAUAAAAAAGAAGAAAUGGAAAUUGAUAUUUAUUCGGAAAAAAUGGCUAUUAUAUGGAAUGAAAUAUUUUUAAAUGAAGACAAUGAAGAUAAAAUAGAAAAAGUAAAAAACAUAAAGCCAACAUCAUCAUUGGACAUAUGCUGUGACAUUAUAGCAAACAAUAUGUUUGAUGAGAGUCAUGUUUGGAUAACAAAUCCUGGUAUUAAACAACAUAUGACAUCGAGGAGAGAAUUUUUUUCCCAUUUUGAACAACUUAAUGAAACGCCAUUUGUUAAUGUUGACAAUAAAGUGUUAAAAAUUUAUGGAACAGGUUCAAUUAAUUUUCAAGUGCAAAUUGAUGGAAAAUUUGAAGAGAGACAAAUGAUAAAUGUACUCUAUGUGCCUGAUUUAAAAAUGAAUUUAUUUUCAAUUGUUGCUGUACUUGAAAAUGGCUUUUCAUUUCAUUCACAUAAAUAUCAUUGUGAAGUGAGAGACAAAAAUAAUAGAUUAUCAUGUUUGGGUGUGUGUUAUAAAAUUAAUGUAUUUCGUUUAUUUUUUCAAGUUCAAGUCCCGUGAAGAAAAAAAAUUUUUUUUGUAUAUUUAAUGAUUUUUAAAAAUGUGUUGUCUUUUUUUUUUGACAAUGUUUUUUUUGCUCUUUGCGUACUCGCAAUUUUAUAAUAUUAUACUUACAAAUUUUGUGUUUGUAGAAAAUUAAUUUAUAUAUAUAUAUAUAUGUGUAUAUGGUGACUUCGUAUAAACAAGAAUGUAGAAAAAUAUUUCAUGUAAUUAAUUUCUAUAUAUAUAUUUGAUGAACUUGAAAGUCUGAUGAUUUAAUGUCUACAUUUUAAUUAUUAUUCCAGUAAAUAAACUAUAUUUAUUUCAA